AUGCUCCAGAGUGAAUCACUCACACAACAGAAACACAUUAAAGAACUGGAGGACAGAAUCGAAGAGCAGGAGAGAUAUCACCGCCAAUGGAGCCUGUGCUUAUAUAGAUUACCAGAACGAGAGGGAGAGGACCUGAAGAAGAUAGUCAUCGACAUCUGCCGGGCCAUUGCCCCGGAGACCGAGAGCGUUCUACUCCUGUUCGUGGACAUCUGCCACAGGCUCGGAUGGAGAAUGGAAGGGACAACACGGCCUGUGAUGAUCCGAUUCAUAUCCAGAGCGAUCAAGAAAACCUUCUUGAAAACCAAAAAGUUCUACUUCAAAGAGGACCUCUCAGCGAAAAACAAGGAGAUCUGCAAGUGCCUUUUAUUGACGGUAAACCUGUUUAGUGAUGAACAGAUGACCUAUCGAUGGCCAUUUACCAUCGUGAUUUCCCGGUAA